AUGGCACAAGGCGAUAUUGAGAGCCAUCUCGCAGGUGGAGAAGAGACUGCCGAUGCAGUCAGCACCGUCUUCACUCCCAUACGGCUGGAAAGAGAACGUACCGCGGCGGGACGAUCGAGAAUCACGACGACCGAAGCACUGGCUCAUUCUUGGUCCCAAAACGGAUACAGCUGCGAUCCUGUACUCAAUCCCGACGAGAGCUCCGAAGAUGACGGGCCAGAAAAGAAUGAUUUCGUGGUGGGCUGGGACCAGGGGAGUCGGGAUCCUCUAUGUCCGCGUAGAUUCAACACUAUGAGGAAAUGGAUUAUCGUCUCGAUUGUUUCCAUGGCCAGUCUUUGCGUCACGAGCGCGAGCUCUAUCUAUGGGUCGACGUAUACGCAAAUGGAAGCAGAGUUCGGCAACUCUCGAAUCGUCUCUACUCUUGGCCUGUCAAUGUUUGUGCUUGGAAUCAGCCUGGGCCCGAUGCUCUUGAGUCCCUUGAGCGAGUUUUACGGACGAAGGCCCAUAUAUCUCGUCUCCUGGACAAUGUACAUCAUCUGGCUUAUUCCGCAGGCCGUUGCUAAAAAUAUCCCUACCGUGAUUGUCGGCCGCUUUCUCGAUGGACUGUCGGGCAGCGCAUUCCUGGCAGUGUCAGCCGGUACGGUGGGCGAUUUGUUCAACCGAGACGGACUUCAGGGGCCGAUGCUCAUGUUUUCAUUGGCACCUUUCGUUGGGCCCGCGAUUGGUCCUGUCAUGGGAGGGUUUAUCAACUAUUUCACAGACUGGAGAUGGACCUAUUAUGUGUUGCUGAUCUGGGCUUUUGUUAUCUGGCUGUGUAUCAUCUUUCUCGUGCCAGAAACUCACCAUUCUCUUAUUCUCAAAAGCAAAGCCGUAAAGAAGCGGAAGGAAACAUCCGACGAUCGCUGGAAAGCACCCAUGGAGAUGUCCGACAAAUCCGUUGCCAGCGCUAUCGGCCACUCGCUUCUCCGCCCAUUCGAGCUCUUGAUAUUUGAGCCCAUGUGCCUGAACCUGUGCCUCUUCUCUGCUAUUCUGCUCGGCAUUCUCUACCUCUUCUUCGGUGCUUUCCCAUUGGUCUUCCGGGGCGUUUACGGGUUCAACCUCUGGCAGAGCGGCCUGACCUUUUUGGGCAUUCUAAUUGGCAUGCUCUUCGCAGCGGGUUUAGAUCCUAUUUUCCGACGUAUCCGCGUGAAUCUUGUCAAGAAUCUUAGCGCUGAGACUGGCGUCGAGGGUUCGAGCGAGCCCGAGUUUAGAUUACCCUCUGCGAUUGUGGGAUCUGUGCUAGUUCCCGCAGGUAUCUUCAUGUUCGGAUGGUCUUGCUUUCCUUGGGUACACUGGAUUGUCCCGGUGAUUGGAUCAGGGAUAUUUGGAGCCGGGGUUGUGCUCGUGUUCAAUGGCAUAUUUACGUUUCUGGUUGAUGCAUACCCUCAAUCUGCUGCAAGCGCACUCGCUGCAAACGCUUUCGUUCGCUGCGCAUUCGCAGCUGCGUUUCCCCUAUUUGGAGUUCAGAUGUACAACAAACUCAACUACCACUGGGCGUCAUCACUCCUCGCCUUUUUGACCGUUGCUAUGAUGCCAUUUCCGUAUCUGUUCUUCAAAUUCGGGAAGAGAAUCCGAGCUACAAGCAGAUUUGCAACAUCAUGA